AUGCCCAGAUUGGAGCACGUUCUCCAGGGUCCAUCAGAUCAUGUCCCGAUCUGUACAGAUCUUGAUAUUGGUCCCGAACCGCCCGGAUCUGGGCUACGGGCAAUUAAACCUGGAAGCGAGGCUGAAAAGUCUUUCAUUUCGGAUAUUCUCCAGGAUCUUGCGACUAUUCCUGUCGCAGCCCCGGCAACCAAGGAAGGCGUUGAAGGUUUAGCCGAUGCUAUCGCGACAGCGUUCUCGGACACGUGGCUUGCCCAUUCGACCAAGUCCAAACCUACCAAGCACUCCAAGUCCUGGUGGACGGACGAGUGCUCAGAGACAUUCAGAGUAUAUCAGUUGAGCCGCUUGCUCACUGACUACAACAAGUUUAAGAAGGCGUAUAAAGAUGCCAAGCAUGAUUUCUUUGAUGAACGCAUCGCAGAAAUUGCUACUUCUCGCAAGCGCCCAUGGGACCUAAUGGAAUGGGUCAAACAGCGCAAGCUACUACCCUGUGAGGCUAUUCGCCAUGGCCAUCAGCCUUGCCAUGAUAUGGACGACCUCUGGGACACCCUGCAUGGCACAUACAACUUGGCCUCUGGUCGCGAGUACGAUGCCUCAGUCUUAGACAAGCUUCCCGACGAGCCGGUCCGUGAGUGGGCUGACUUCUCGGAGCAUGAGUUGUUGAGUGCCCUUGAGGGGUGUUCUAACUCCUCUGCACCAGGACCGGACCAUGUUACGUGGGUCCACCUAAAGGAGCUGCUCAAGGAUAAACACGUCCUUGCGCUCUUCAUCGUGUUGGCCAACGCUUGCCUUCGGGUGGGUCAUUGGCCGCGUAUAUUUAAGGAGUCACUAUCGGUUAUUGUUCCGAAACUGAGUAAGCCCUCCUACGCUGUGCCGAAGGCUUUCCGGCCGAUCGUACUCCUCAUCACUUUCGGUAAACUUAUCGAAAAGAUGAUUGCCAAUAGGAUACAGUUUGACACCGUCAAGCAUGAUAUCUUCCACCCUAACCAACUUGGCGGCAUCUGCCAGCGGUCAACUGAGGAUGCUGGAUUGAUUCUGACUCAUCUCAUGCGAGCGGGGUGGGUUAAGGGUCUCCAGACUAGCGCGCUGGCUUUUGACAUCGCGCAGUUCUUCCCUUCUAUCAACCAUGAAAUGUUCAUGGCUGUACUUCGCAAGCAAGGGUUCUCACCGGUUCUGGUGGAGUUCUUUGCCUCGUAUCUUGUCGGUUGUUCCACAGUCUACUGCUGGAACACCUUCCAAUCCGACUCACGGUCUGCGGAUGUGGGUGUCGGGCAGGGCUCCACUCUCUCACCUGUUAUCUCUGGGCUGUUCAUUGCUCCGGUAAUGAAGCUCUUCUAUAUCAAAGCGGCGCCGCUCAACACAACGCUGCUUUCCUUUGUGGAUGACGGGACCAUUCUGGCCCAAUCCAAACAACUCGAUGACAAUAAUGUGGGCCUGCGUAAGGCCUACAAAAUUAUCUACCUUCUCUUUGUUGCCUUCACACUUGUUCUUGAACACGACAAGACCGAGCUGUUUCACUUUUCGCGUCGACGAGACGCUUACAAUCCCUCGCUGGAUUUGGGGUACGCCCCGCAUACCGGCGCUACACCUUUGAAGCCCAAGACCUACUGGAGGUACCUGGGCUUCUACUUUGACCGCGGGCUCACGUUUCAUGAGCACGUCCGCUACUAUGCCACUAAGGCGUUCACCACCGUGCAGGCCAUGCGCAUGCUCGGAAACUCUACCAGGGGUCUCUCACCUAAACAGUGCCGCCUCUUGUAUCGAUCGUGUGUGGUUCCCAUUGCCACAUAUGCUUAUCGUCUCUGGUAUUUCGAUGGCGCCCGCAAUAAGGGAGCCAUGAACCAGUUGAAACAGAUGCAGCAAAAAGCUGCUCUAUGGAUCACGGGUGCCUUCCGCACCUCUCCCACAGGCGGUCUUGAAGCCCUUGCCAGCCAUCCCUGUUUCUCUCGAACGCCCACUUGUCAACAAGCGCAAACAACCAGCUCACCGUCUCGCACAUCAUCUAGCGCUUUAUCGACAGGCCAGAAGAUUCCUUUUGAUCGUCGGGGCGCGAGGCCCCCCGGGGCGGUUCCUAGGAGCCGUCGUGGGGGGGACUCGGGCUCCGCACCACCAGCAAUACCACCAUCGGUCGCUGGCUCAUCGUCCUUUGGCAGUGAUGCCUCGCCAAUCUUGCCAGACCCUACCUCGACUAGGGCCACAUACUCGACAGUCGUGCCAGCUCGAUCUCGCCACACGUCGCCCCACCGCAGGUCCCGUUCCACCACGGGCUCUACCCAUUCGUCUGCAGAUGAGUCUGACUCAGGGACGGCCCACCCCCAGGAGAUGGAGGUAGAGGGCACUCAGGGAGGGGAGGAGGUCUCGAGGGACCCCUCCGUCGACCUUCUCUUAGGUCAAUACACCUUGAAGUUCCGAGACACUGUCGAGGAUCUUCCUGGUGAUCUCGAGGUAUUGACCACCUCCAUUGCGAAGGCCACAGACUGGGUUCUGCGGGCCGCGCACCACAAUCCGCUCACCAUUGAUGGGGGCGAUGCCUUCGUGGCCCAGAUGACGUCCUUUGUGAACGCCGUCAUGGCCACCGACUUUAGUCGUAUUCGCGGACCAGGCGAACUCGACAACUUCUCGCUCGCCUCUCUCCUCGAGGCUGAGACGUCUUCCAAGGACGAGCCGACCAUCCACCCGGCUCCCGUAUUCAGGCCUCCUCCUCCUGCUGCCCGUGGGCCGCUCGACGAGGGUGUCGCUGGCGUAGGGGCCCCGCCCGACGUCCUCAUGCAGGCUUUGGACGACCUUGGUCGUCCGGCCUCCCCUCCUCGCAUCCCCGCUUCUAAGAAGCGCAAGGGUGUUGAUCGCCCGGUCCCACCUCCUCCUCAGAAGAAGAGCAAGGUGGCCUACUCUCGCCCUGGUCCGCCUCCGCCGAUCAAUCGCGCCACCAAACCCAAGCCCCGUCCAACGACGUGGGCAGGGAUUGCCAAACAGGCCGCUCUGAUGCCUCCCCCGCCUCCUGGCUUGGGACCGCAACGGCGUGGGCCUUCCCCUCCCCCCUCAUUCCCAACGGGUCCGAUGAAGACUUCACCUCAUCGGUCCGUUCCUUCUUUUACUUCCGAGGGCCCCACCCGGAAGCAGGUUCUUGUGUCGUUCGGGGGUACCCCUCCCAACCUCACGAAAUUCUUCACCGAGUCGGCUGUCCGUGCAGCCAACGGGUACCUCAGGGAUGGUCGAUCUAUGCUUAAGGUCACCUCCAUCGUUUGCGCCUACGACGGUUUGUCGUUGGUCACCCCUGCUGUUGCCAGUCCGUCCGAUCUGGACAUCCUGCGUAACUUUAUCCGCGAAAGCCUCCCAAUGGGUACCCCGUUCGAGGUUGCGCUCCCAUCAUCGACGUCUUUCAUAAAGAUCCUCGACGUUCCCUACUUCGAUCCGAAAGGGUUGAAGAUUACCCAGGAGGCGCUUGAAAAGGCCCUCCGUACCUCGGUUCACGCUGAGGUCUUUGCAUAUCUGAGCACCAAGCCUCGGAUCGACCGCAACUCGGCGCACUCGACAUCGUGUACCGUGUAUUGCAACAUCUGGGACUCCCAGCAGGGAACCUGCGCCAAGAAGGCCCUUGGCCAACCGAUCUUCCUCGCUGGACGGUCCUGUGCUAUCAGGCCCGCCGCACGUCACACCGGGGUCCCGCUCUGCCAGCGCUGCUGGAAGUGGGGCCACCCCACCGUCGCCUGCAAGGCGAAACAACUAUCUUGCCCCAUCUGUUCGGGUCCGCACGAGCAGAAGGAGCAUCGUCAGCAUGCGGGAUGUUGCAAGGGCAAUGCGAAAGCGAAGCCUCCUGUGCCGCCCACCAUUCGCGACCAGCCCUGCCCCCACAAGGGCCGCUGCGUCAAUUGCCACAAGGACCACACCGCCAACUCGGCCUCGUGUAAGUUCUGGGCCCAUCGCUACGACCGUGAGUGGAUCAUGGCCGAGUAUCGUCAGGUACGUGAGCAUGCUGCUCGCCGCCAACUUACUAACCCCCAAACCUAG